AUGGCUAGAACAGUUGGUGAUCCAGUUAUCACGGCGAUAACUUUUUUCUCUAUUCUCGGUGGGUUAUAUGGGAUAUUCCUGAUUCUUUCAUUACCAUUACCACCCCAUCUUAUAAGAGGUGGACACUGGCAGUUUCUUACUAAUUUAAGUCUUGUUUAUUCAUUAUGUGUUUUCUUGAUUGGGUUUCUUGCUCAUGUAUCAAGAUCAGAAAAGUUAUUUGAAGUCAAAAAUAACUUACAUCCAAUUGGGCUUGCGCUAGAAGCAGUUGUUGCUUGCGUUUAUUGGCCUUUAAGAAUAUUCUUUUUACAUUUAUUGGUUGCUGAGCCUGAAAAAAUGUCAUUACCUUUGGUAACUGAUUUAUGUAUCCAUUUAUUGCCGGUGGUUUCAUUACUUGUUGAUUACUUGAUCUUCAUGCCCAGAUGGACCUUGACUGCAACUAGUGCUUUAUCCAUGUGUGCUGUUUUAUCAACUGCCUACUACUUUCUUUUGAAAAAAUUGGUAGACGUGGAGUCGGGUGCUUCAUAUCCAUAUAUGUUUUUGAACACAGAAAAGGAAUCAACCAGGAUCAUGAUCUUUGGUAUGGUUGCAUUUGUGGGAUUCUCCCAAUUCAUCUUUAUGCGUAUGCUUUACGACUGGAUUGUGGGUUCUUCUGAUGAAGAAAUAGAAGCUAAAAAGAUAGAAUAG